GUGUCUAUGCGCAUGGUGAAGUGAUGGACGGACUUUGUGAAGACCCGACUGUCAUACAGCGGGGAAAAGCUCUGGUGUGUGAGAACAGUGCGCAGUAGCAUCCAUAGCCACUUUUAUAGUAAGUCCCCGACCAUGACGCACCGGAGCGCUUUUACGCAAGCAGGAUGCGCACAGUUUGCGAAUAAUUACACCAACCAGCAUUACGGAGAGAAAAUAACUAUGUUUUAGGGGUUCCUUUUUUCAUAUUUUGGAUACAAACAGACCAGCAAGGUGUAAGUGGAUUGAGAGAACAGAAGACACGUUCUUCACAAAAGCAGCGAUGGAGGAGCAGCGGGAUCUGAACAGCACAGAUAGCAGCGAGGGAGAGAGCGUCUCCCCGUCUCCCAGCCUGCCUUCGCCGCCCAUACUGCCUCUGCAGGUCGCCCAGCAGGCCCACAGAACCACCAACUUUUUCAUCGAUAACAUUUUGCGGCCCGACUUUGGCUGCAAGAAGGAGCACGGUCUGGGCCCUCGGGAGAGGGCGCAGACCUCAGGCCGGGAACGCGUCCACCCUGCAGUCAGCAGGCCGAGCCUUCCCGGGACGCCGUGCCAGGACUCCAAUUGCAGCAGUGACAGCACUUCGUCUUCCGCCUCCUCCGCCUCUUUGGCGAGUCCCAAAAAGAGUAACGGCAGCUGUGGAGGAAGCGCGGCCGCCUCCACCGAGAGCAGCGGCGUGAAAGCCGAAGAGAGAACUGGCGGCGGGGUCGCGGAGAACACGUCCUCCUCGCUGGUGGUGCUGAACGGAACCGGAGCGUCCACACCGGAGAGCCAGCCGUUGCUGUGGCCUGCCUGGGUCUACUGCACCCGGUACUCGGACAGGCCCUCAUCUGGCCCACGGACACGGAAACUGAAAAAGUCGAAAAGUGGCAAAGAGGACAAGCGGCCGCGCACGGCCUUCACGGCGGAGCAGCUGCAGAGGCUGAAGACGGAGUUCCAGGUGAACCGCUACAUCACGGAGCAGCGGCGGCAGGCUCUGGCCCAGGAGCUCAGCCUCAACGAGUCCCAGAUCAAAAUAUGGUUUCAGAACAAGCGGGCCAAGAUCAAGAAGGCCAGCGGCUUCAAGAACGGGCUGGCGCUGCAGCUGAUGGCGCAGGGACUGUACAACCACUCCACCACCACCAUCCAGGAGGACAAGGAGGAGGACAGCGACUGA